GCGGCCGGCGUGGUGAUGCUGCUCGUGCUCGUGGUGCUCAUCCCGGUGCUCGUGAGCUCGGCGGGCACCGACGGCCGCUACGAGAUGCUGGGCACGUGCCGCAUGGUGUGCGAGCCCUACGGUGGGCCGCCCCCCGCCGCCACCGGCGCUGCCGGCCCGCUGGGCGAUCGCGGCGCCCUCCCGCCGCCCUCCACCUUGGUGCAGGGCCCGCAGGGCAAACCGGGCCGGCCGGGCCCCCCGGGGCUGCCGGGCACCGGGGCGGCGGGUGCCGUGAGCACGGCCACGUACAGCACCGUGCCCCGCGUCGCCUUCUACGCCGGCCUCAAGAACCCGCACGAGGGCUACGAGAUCCUCAAGUUCGACGAYGUGGUCACCAACCUGGGCAACAGCUACGAUGCCGCCUCGGGCAAGUUCACCUGCGCCGUCGCUGGCACCUACUUCUUCACCUACCACGUCCUCAUGCGCGGCGGCGACGGCACCAGCAUGUGGGCUGACCUCUGCAAGAACGGGCAGGUGCGGGCCAGCGCCAUCGCGCAGGACGCCGACCAGAACUACGACUACGCCAGCAACAGCGUGGUGCUGCACCUGGACUCGGGCGACGAGGUGUACGUCAAGCUGGACGGCGGCAAGGCGCACGGCGGCAACAACAACAAGUACAGCACCUUCUCGGGCUUCAUCAUCUACUCGGACUGA